AUGAAUUCUUUGAUGCAGACAUUUGAUGUUUAUACAUGCAGUGCAGAAAAUCUCAGAGAUUCGUUUGUUGUCUACGCAACACAAGUUGUUAAAUUCUGUGAAGCCUCUGGUUUCAGAGAAAUCUCAGCAAUUUUAGCAGUUGCAAGAAAUCGAAUUCAACAUGGUGCCAAAAAUGAUGUUAUUCCUCUUAUGUCAUUAGGUUGCUCUCAGUCAAUUGCACGGUCUUUGUUUAGUGCAGGUAUAACUUCCAAAUAUGAUAUUGAAAAAUGCUCAUUGGAUAAACUCAUUUCUAUUAUCUCUGCAUCGCAAAUCAAUAGCACAAUAUCUUCUGUCGAUUGUGCUAAGAAACUGAAGCAAUCAGCGAUUCGAGCAAUCACAGCAGAAGAAACUCUUUCUCAAUUUGAAGAAAGAUCUUUACAUGUUUAA